GACUGUACUGCGGUCACCGCUGAAUGGCUUGCGCGGCUCAAUAGCGUUGCCACCAGCGGCGACGUCAAUGCGUUCUCAGACCUCUUGUCCACCGGUUGGAUGCGGGGUACGUUUCCUUCAGAUCUCCUCUGCUUCAGCUGGGACUUUCGUUCUUUGGGCGGCCGCGAUAAGAUUUCCGCGUAUCUUUCAGAAGAUGUAUCCGAAAGCGGAGAUAGCAGCAACCACUCUCGUCUUGCUCACGCUGGUCUGUCCGACAUCGUCCUCGAAACUAGCUCGUCCCUUGGCCUACCUUCUUCUUUCCCGGUUCCCGACGAAUCUCUUAGUGCAUCAGGUGUCAUAGCUGCCUUCACAUUCACUCUCAAGAAUCCUGCUCGCACUGGCCGCGGUCUUGUUCGCCUCGUGCAGGACCAUUCCGAUGAUUCUACGAACGAGUCUGUAUGGAAGGCCUUCACCCUGCUGUUCAAUGCUGAAGACUUGGUUGGACAUGAAGAGCUCAAGGGGCGUCCUAUGAGUCCUGUUUGGGACCCUCAUUGGAAGUCCUGGUCAAAAAUAAAGGCAGAAUGGAUCAAGGGCGUCGAGUCGGAUCCCACUGUUUUGAUUGGUCCGUGUUUGUCAUUUCUUUUCAUCCUCGGCGGCGGUCAGGCGGGACUCAUGUGUGCAGCGCGCAUGGGCCGAAUGGGCAUCCGCGCUCUUGUGGUAGACAAAGUGCACAGAGUUGGUGAUAACUGGCGCAACCGAAUAACCUAUCCUAAAUUUCUACCUCGCGACGUCGUUGCCGACUUCCUUGAGGCCUAUGCUAUCGGCCAAAACAUCGCUAUCUGGCUCUCGUCCACGGUGCUUAGUGAUCCAAAUCCUGUAUAUGAUGAACAGACGGGGACAUGGACAGUGUUAAUACACAGACAAUACCCCAUCGUCAAAUCCCAGAUUGUCACUCUACGUCCAAGACAUAUUGUAAUGGCAACGGGGACUGGACAUGCUCAUAUACCGCAAUUGAAAGGAAUGGGAGAUUUCAAAGGCGCUAUCUACCACAGUGACCAGCAUAAAGAUGCUGAAAUAUGGGCCGGCAAAAAAGCAGUCAUCGUUGGUGCAGGCAAUGCCGCUGCUGAUGUGGCUCAAUCUUUUCUGUCGCCCAGUCAUCGUGCAGAAUCUGUCACUAUGAUCCAGCGCUCUGCCACGUGUGUCAUUUCAUCUCGAACCGCGGACAUCGCCCUUUUUUCCUCCUAUGAACCAGAGGCCCUUGCCAUCGAAGAUGCGGAUCUGCUGGAUCAUAGCAUGCCCUGUCAUCUGGGCCUUCAGCUAGCCGUAAACGGUGGAACUGAGCACAUAAAGGAAAUGGACAAGCAA